CUCUGAUGCCCUGCGAUGCCCACACCCAAUACCUCUGCCUUUCCACCCACGUUCUUCUGGGUCAACACCUCUGGAGGCAGCGUGCUGAGCGCUGAUGAUGCUGCUAUGCCUGCUGAAUUCCUAGCUCUGAGGGUCAUGGUUGCCCUGGCCUAUGGGCUUGUGGGGGCCAUCGGCUUGCUAGGAAAUUUGGCCGUUCUGUGGGUACUGGGUAACUGUGCUCGACGAGCCCCUGGCCCACCUUCAGACACCUUUGUCUUCAACCUGGCUCUGGCGGAUCUAGGGCUGGCACUCACUCUCCCCUUCUGGGCAGCCGAGUCGGCACUGGACUUCCACUGGCCCUUUGGAGGUGCCCUCUGCAAGAUGGUCCUGACGGCCACUGUCCUCAACAUCUACGCUAGCAUCUUCCUCAUCACGGCUCUGAGUGUUGCUCGCUACUGGGUGGUGGCCAUGGCUGCAGGGCCAGGCACCCACCUCUCGCUCUUCUGGGCCCGCGUGGCCACCCUGGCAGUGUGGGUAGCGGCUGCCCUGGUGACGGUGCCCACAGCCGUUUUUGGGGCUGAAGGUGAGGUGUGGGGUGUGCGCCUCUGCCUGCUGCGUUUCCCCAGCAGGUAUUGGCUGGGGGCCUACCAGCUACAAAGGGUGGUGCUGGCCUUUGUGGUGCCCUUGGGCGUCACCACCACCAGCUACCUGCUGCUGUUGGCCUUCCUGCGGCGGCGGCAACGGCGACGGCAGGACAGCAGGGUCGUGGCCCGCUCUGUCCGCAUCCUAGUGGCCUCCUUCUUCCUCUGCUGGUUCCCCAACCAUGUGGUCACUCUCUGGGGUAUCCUGGUGAAGUUUGACCUGGUGCCCUGGGACAGCACUUUCUACACCAUCCAUACUUACGUCUUCCCUGUCACUACUUGCCUGGCACACAGCAACAGCUGCCUCAACCCUGUGCUGUACUGUCUCCUAAGGCGGGAGCCCAGGCGGGCUUUGGCAGACACCUUCCGGGACCUGCGAUCGAGGCUGUGGCCCCAGGGCCGAGGCUGGGUGGAACAGGUGGCCCUAAAGGAGGUAGGAAGACCGUGGGUAGUGAACACCCUCCCAGAGAGGGGCCCAUCUACCAUGCUUACCAACCUGGACAAAGGAACACCCGGGUGAAGGGUGCAAGCUGAACACUCUCCUUUCUGAGAUCUCGAAGGUAUAGGAUCCUUGCACCCCAGGGAGAAGCUGCCCUCUCUGCC